AUGGGGAGACGAAAUGUUAUUUUGAAACUUGAUAUGGCCAAGGGGAGACCAUUUGGUCAUAUCGUUCCUUCUUGGGGUCUUCGCCAAGGUGAUCCUCUUUUGUCAUAUCUUUUCCUUAUUGUGGAAAAAGAUGACAGUCUUUUAGUCUGUGAUGCUGAGUCUUUGAAGAUUAUGGAACUGAAAUGA